GGGGCCCCGCCGCGCCCGCCGCCGCCGCCCGCCUCCCCGCCCCUUCCCCAGCCGGCGCUCCCGUUACGCCGCGGAGCCGGGAGCCGGAGCCCGAGCCCGCGGCGGCAGCGGGAGGCGGCGAGGGGGCGCCGCGGCGGCGGCGGCGGGGCCUGCGGGGCGGGCGGCCGGGCCCGGCCAGGCCGCGAUGGCGACCAAGAAGGCAGGCUCGCGGCUGGAGACGGAGAUCGAGCGCUGCCGCUCCGAGUGCCAGUGGGAGCGGAUCCCCGAGCUCGUCAAGCAGCUGUCGGCCAAGCUUAUCGCCAACGAUGACAUGGCAGAACUUCUCCUUGGGGAGUCGAAGCUGGAGCAGUACCUGAAGGAACACCCUCUGAGGCAGGGGGCCAGUCCCCGAGGCCCCAAGCCCCAGCUGACUGAGGUCCGCAAGCAUCUGACCGCCGCCCUGGACCGAGGGAACCUUAAGAAUUCCUACAAGAAUCCAAUCUGAUCAUGGCCAAGUUGAAUUAUGUGGAAGGUGAUUAUAAAGAAGCUCUGAACAUUUAUGCCCGGGUGGGCCUGGACGACCUGCCGCUGACAGCUGCCCCGCCCUACAGGCUGCGGGUGAUCGCAGAAGCCUAUGCUACCAAAGGACUUUGUUUGGAGAAGCUGCCUAUUUCUUCUUCUACCAGUAAUCUCCAUGUGGACCGGGAACAGGAUGUCAUCACCUGUUAUGAGAAAGCAGGGGACAUCGCACUCCUGUACCUCCAAGAGAUAGAAAGGGUAAUACUUUCUAAUAUUCAAAACAGAAGCCCUAAGCCUGGCCCUGCUCCCCACGAUCAAGAACUAGGUUUUUUCCUAGAAACAGGACUUCAGAGAGCCCAUGUCCUCUAUUUCAAAAAUGGGAUAGAUGUGCAUGAAGACCAACAGAACUUGACAAGAGGAGUCGGAAGGUUUAGAGAGCUGCUCAGAGCAGUUGAAACGAGAACAACUCAAAACCUGCGAAUGAUUCAUGGCUGUGCUUUUCCUCGUUUAUGUUCCCAGACAAUAGCCAGGCAGCUGGCAGAGAUCUUGUUGCGGGGUAUGUGUGAGCAGAGCUACUGGAACCCUCUGGAGGAUCCACCAUGCCAGUCACCUCUGGACGAUCCUCUCCGCAAAGGAGCAAACACAAAAACCUACACUCUCACUCGGAGAGCCCGUGUCUACUCAGGAGAGAACAUUUUUUGUCCUCAAGAAAAUACGGAAGAAGCCCUGCUGUUACUGCUGAUUAGCGAAUCAAUGGCCAACCGGGAUGCUGUGCUGAGCAGGAUACCUGAACACAAGAGUGACCGCCUCAUCAGUCUACAGAGUGCGUCUGUGGUCUAUGACUUACUCACCAUUGCUCUUGGAAGAAGAGGCCAGUAUGAGAUGCUGUCAGAGUGCCUAGAGAGAGCCAUGAAGUUUGCCUUUGAGGAGUUCCACCUGUGGUACCAGUUUGCCCUGUCCCUGAUGGCUGCUGGAAAAUCUGCCCGUGCCGUGAAGGUGCUGAAAGAGUGUAUCCGCCUGAAGCCGGACGACGCCACCAUCCCUCUCCUCGCUGCCAAGCUCUGCAUGGGCUCCCUGCACUGGUUGGAAGAGGCUGAAAAGUUUGCCAAAACUGUCGUUGAUGUGGGAGAGAAAACGUCAGAGUUCAAGGCCAAAGGCUACUUAGCUCUGGGGCUCACGUACAGUCUGCAGGCCACUGACGCUUCUUUGCGAGGGAUGCAGGAGGUCCUACAGAGAAAGGCGCUUCUUGCAUUUCAGAGGGCCCACAGCCUGUCACCCACAGAUCACCAAGCAGCUUUCUACUUGGCUCUGCAACUUGCCAUCUCCAGACAGAUCCCAGAGGCUCUGGGGUAUGUCCGCCAAGCUCUUCAGCUUCAAGGUGACGAUGCCAACUCCCUGCACCUCCUUGCCCUCCUGCUGUCAGCACAGAAGCAUUACCAUGACGCUCUGAACAUCAUUGACAUGGCCCUGAGCGAAUACCCAGAAAAUUUCAUACUACUGUUUUCCAAAGUGAAGUUGCAGUCACUCUGCCGGGGCCCAGACGAGGCACUCCUGACUUGUAAGCACAUGCUGCAGAUAUGGAAAUCCUGCUACAACCUCACCAACCCCAGUGAUUCUGGACGUGGGAGCAGCCUCUUAGAUAGAACCAUUGCUGACAGACGACAGCUUAAUACAAUUACUUUGCCAGACUUCAGCGAUCCCGAGACAGUGUCAGAUUCCUCCUCCUCCUCCUCUCCUCUUUCAAGAACCGAAUCUCCUCUCCACCUGUUUGUGUCUUCUCAUCUUCAUUCUCAUCCCAAACCCGAUACCUUUGUGUGGCCCCCUGCAGCUCAUUCAUUCAGUGACGCAGGUCCCCGCCGGGAACCCUCUCUCUGCAACUCUCCAGAAGCAUACUUUCAUGGUUUUCCUUCCCUUUUUUCAGUUAGCUCCGUCCAUGCCACAUCAGUAGCAGCCUCAAGAGUGGAGCAGGCACUGUCGGAAGUGGCUUCGUCUCUGCAGAGCAGCGCCCCUAAGCAGGGCCCGCUACACCCCUGGAUGACGCUGGCACAGAUCUGGCUCCAUGCAGCUGAAGUCUACAUCGGCAUCGGGAAGCCUGCAGAAGCCACAGCCUGUACCCAAGAAGCUGCCAACCUCUUCCCAAUGUCCCACAACGUCCUCUACAUGCGCGGCCAGAUUGCCGAGCUCCGCGGCAGCAUGGACGAGGCGCGGCGGUGGUAUGAAGAGGCCUUAGCCAUCAGCCCCACCCACGUGAAGAGCAUGCAGCGACUGGCGCUGAUCCUUCACCAGCUGGGCCGCUACAGUCUGGCAGAGAAGAUCCUCCGGGACGCGGUGCAGGUGAACUCGACAGCCCACGAGGUCUGGAACGGGCUGGGCGAGGUCCUCCAAGCUCAGGGCAACGACGCGGCGGCCACGGAGUGCUUCCUGACAGCCUUGGAGCUGGAGGCCAGCAGCCCCGCUGUGCCCUUCACCAUCAUCCCCCGCGUGCUCUGAGCAGGCGCCUGCCAGCCUCACCUGCCGCUCAGGCCUCAGAGGCCCUGCCGGGCACCAGGGCUUGUCCCAUCGCCCCCAGGGGAUGAAUCUGCCGCACUGAGGCCAGGGACGAGCGUUCAGUGGGCCACAGUGAACCAACCAAACCAAGCCCAAAUCAUUGCUCUGCCGCGUGCGUUUCUCUUGUUGUUUUUUGCCAGCCCAAUGAUAGUUUCUGAACCUAUUGACAUUGUUCAAAAUGGAUCAUGUGCCAUAUUUUGUUAGUCGACAUCUGAGUUUUAAGUAAAAUGAUUAUGGAAUUAAUCAGCAAAUGUAGAAGAAUAUAUUCAAAGUUAAAAUUCAGUGGCAGAACAGAUUAUUUUUAUCAGAGCUGUAAAGAAAACAACUGUCCUCUUCUCCCCACCACCCCUCCUGCCCCACCUUGGCCCAGAAACCAAAUGUGAACUUCCUGUUUCCCACCUCAGCGCUAGUCCAUGCCGGGAACCAGCUGACAAUUUCUUGGUUUUACUGUCAAUAAUUAUACCAUGUGAUCAAUGACUGUCCUCACUUAGAACAAAGCCUGAGUCCAAGAAUAUUUAUAUUUUACCAAUAUAUGCCUGUUACAAGAGAAGGAAAUAUGAGUUAUUUAAGUUUAACUUUUUUAUGUGAAUUCAGAGUUUAUUUAUCGAGGGAAAUAUGUACAAAGAAGCUUCAAAUGGAAUAUUUACUGACAUUCCUUAUACAUGACAGACACUUGGCUACAUGGGAAGAUGAUGUUAAUAAUAAAAUGAUUUUUAAAUGGA